CGAUGUAUCUGACCUCGUGCUUUAAGCAGUGCGGUCGUCGAGUUGAUAAUCCGUGUAAUUAAUCUCUUUUAACAAUUUAUUUCAGACAGACAGAUCAAACACACCAUAUCCCCCGACGUGGAGUACAGACCGCACACCUCGGUGACGCCAGUCAAUCAGCUACAUCACCUUUCACAUGCUCGUGCAUCAUCAACAAAGACGAAUGGUGUGACUGAUAGUCGGCUUCCUUUUAUAGUGUUCUGUUGGUAAGAAUGGAUUUGGCAAUAUAUUUGUAUGGUCAAACAGUAUUUGAAAUAUGAUAUUGUGAAACUUUGCACCAUUAAACGUGAGCAGGAGUCUAGUUUAUGGAAUUGAUUGGGAUCAAUGCCCAUUGUCAAUCGAGCAUGGCAAGAUGAGCUUGAGUCUUGACUCAAAUGGGUGCUGUAAAGUCAAACUGACAGAUGUAGAGUGUGGUAUGCCAGCUGUGGUAUGCCAGCUAAUGCAUUAUCUCGAUAUUAUAAAAAAUAUAUAUAUCUGAUAUCUGCUUCUGUCCCUUAUUUGCAGUGACUGGUGUUGUGCCACCCUGUGGUGUUUGCACACAGUGUGUGUGUGUUCCCCCCCCCGUGCCUCCCUCUGUUUCUCUAUCUACUCUCUGUCGCUCUUUCUUUCUCACUCUUUCUCAGUUGUUAGGGUGUUUGACUCCUGAGGUCUGUCACUAUGCAGCCUGGAGGAGCACACAAUGCUGUGUGUGGCCAGAGCCUGCUGUCCAACUCCCUUAGGGUGUAUCUGAACAACAAGAACAGACUGCAGCCCAUAAUCGGUCUGGGCUGCGUGACAGAGUGUGUGACACUCGGCAGGGACUCUGAGGCGGUGUACCUGUGUGAGGUGUGUGUGUGCCGUCUCAGUAAGGCUGAUGUCAGGAGCCACAUCAUGGGGAGUCUCCACAGAUACAACUACAUUAAAGUCCAUCACCCUCAUUUUGUGUCAGAGUGGAAGCAGAGUCCUCCUGACCUGUCCAAGCUGGCCCGGCCUCUUAUGGAGAUGGCUCAAAUACUAGAGAAGAGAGAAGGAACCGGGGACGUACAGGUGCUGAAGUUGGAUGCUGCCAUGUAUGACGAUAUGACAACACACAGCGAGAGCGAUGCUCUCAUCCUCUUGCAUGCCAUCAGGACUGGGAGGGAGCAGAGAGAUCUUCAGAGCCAAUCAGUGAAGCAAUCAGUCCAGUCGGAGUAUCUUACCAUCCAGUCACAGAGAACCGUGAUAUCGCCUCGGAGGUUCUCCAUCCAACCAGAGAAGCCUGUUGUCCAGCUUGACAACCGAACCGUCCUAUGGAGGAGUCCGACCACCCAGAGUCGGAACUCAUCUAGCCAAUCUGAGAAGUCCCCUGUGUUGCAGCAGAGUGUCUCUAUCCAAUCACGGCUUAGUUCGUGGGAGGAGGGGUUUCUCCAUGGAAGCAAGCCACUGAUUGGUUCUUCACUGAAGCGUCCUGCCUCAUCAUGGCAGCAUGACCCCUCUCUUUCCCCAACCCCAAAUGUCACAGCUGGAAGUCAGACGUCUCUGGGUGGGCCUGAGGGGAAGGGGGCGGGACUACAGGGAGUUCCUGCAAAGCUGAUUCGCUGUGAGCCGGUGUUCAAGGUCAGUCUGUCUAUGACGGACGGCCCCUGGCUGUUGGAGAGGAACUCCUUCAGCCUGGAAACCUCCCCCUUCUCCCUCAGACACGCCUCACCCCUUCACUCCCCCACCGUAAAUGCCUCACUCCAACCCUCUCCCGCUCCCUCACGUUUGCUUGGCCAGCCGGGAAACUCAGUUGCCGCAAGACUCGGAAACACGCAUGAAAAUACACACACUCCGGGACGGACACACACUCCGGGACAUGUACUCACUUCGACUAUGAGACUGGGCCCAGCCAUACCUGAUCAGCAGCUGACUAUGGGAGACGAGGACACCGACACAGACCGUCUGUAUCUCGGAGGGGAACAGAGGUUCACUGACUAUGCUUUGUACUAUAGCAGAGAGAAAAACACAACUGACGGUCUCUACUCAGUCAACGAGCAAAACAGUACUGACAUGGUUUAUCUCAGGAGAGAGCAGGACCGAACUGCCCAUCUGUAUUCAGAAAAUAACCGACUCACUGACACAAAGUUCCAUUUCCGAGUGGGGCAGAACAACCGACAAGGCAGUAUUUACCCCGGUCUAGCCUGUGCCAGAGACAUCACUGACACAGCGUCUGUUGCCGGGCCGAUUCUCUUUACUACUGGCCGUCUCUCGAAGGAGAGCUUGACAGACACUCCUCUAAUGGAAGAAGAACAGGAGGAGGAGAGGGGGAAUGAGUGUCAUUCUGGGGCACAGAGGCUUGCAGAGGAUGACAGGACAACUGACAGUCUGUACUCUACUGGAGAGAGGAUAACUGACAGUGGGUUUUCCACAGGAAGCAGGUCAACUGACAAAAUGUACCAAACAGGAGAACGAUCAACUGACAAUCAGUCUUUUACAACAGAAGUGACAACUGACCGUUGGUAUGCUACAGGAGAGGAGCUAACUGACCGUCAGUUGAUGGAGGAAGAGGAGCAAUGCAGAGCUGAAAUGGAGUUGGGAGUUGGGCUCAUCGUGGAGGUCAUGGUGGAGGAGGGGGAGAGAUGGGGAGGAAAGAAUGGAGAGAGGGAGGAGAAUUCAGACUUUUACUGCCAACAGUAUUUGCAAGGCCAGCCUCCACAACGGCACCAGGCGCAGGGGUUCACAGGAACUCAUAGGGGCGCCGUAGGGCUUCAUAUGGUUGACACAGCAGAUCUCAGACAUGACAUAGCCCUUCAUAGAGAUCAGGCAGGGCCAGCCCUUCACCGAGAAGAGAUGAGCAGUUGUAUGGGUGACAUAGCAGCCAUGCAGCAGGUGCAGUUAUGUGAGGCUGAGUACAGAGAAGCAUGGGCCUACGGAGGCACACAGCUGACCCCAGACACCUAUAGAUCAGGUCCGCAGGGGUACGAGACUGACCCUGGCCCCUACCUGCCAUUCCCAGAGGGCCACAGAAUGAACUGUGACCCCUACCAAGUGGUUUCUGAUUGGUUUAGAACCACCCCUGGUCCGCACUUCGUUCACUCUAACCCUGACGAGUUUACACCCCAGGUCCUCCCGUACCCCCACAAUACACUGCCCCAGGGGAUUGGACCCCAUCCCCACUCUGGUCCCUUUCCCAUGAAGAUUGGGGGCGUGCAGCCACAGGAGUACAGAAGGCUCCCCAGCCCCCCAUUUGUUAUGGUGUCUAGACCCUGCCACCCCCAGCCCUUCUUUCCAAUACAUGGAGGGUUUCUGUCCCGCCGGCACUGCCCAGACUUCCCCCCACAGCCCUCCCCGCUACAGAGGAGCCUACUUGGGCCACAGCCCUGCCCGGAGUCCCUGGGCAGCUCCAGGACCAGGACCUCCCUGGGUCUAACUACCACACAUCAUACAUAAAUCCACCAGGAUAGUUAUUUGUGGCACUUUAGACACUUUGUUGUUUCAAAUAGACAGGUGUUUUGUGCAUUUGUUUUAUACACUCUGUGGUCUAUUGUUUUUAUAGCCGUCUUAAACCAACAGAAUCCCAUCCGUUGUAUAAGUGCUGAUUUUAGGUACUUUCCCUGUCAACGUGAUUUCAUGACAUCAUACGAUUCAAUUCUGUUCCCGAUUCCGAUUUAUACAAAACUUGUUUGUCUGCUGCCGUCGAGUCAAGAUGGAGCUGAGAUGGAUAAAUAGACAACACGUUGAACACUGGCUAAAUUUGAUAAUAUUAUGAACUCAGUUUGUGAAACGCUGCUUCAGCGACCAACUACUUAGACAUUAUGAAGAAGGAAAAUAAUCAAUUUUUCAACAACAAAUAUUUUGGUUAAUGCAAAAAAAAAUCUAAAUGUAAAUAUAACCUAAGGUUUAUUUUACACAAUUAAGGGGGAUCAAUUAGGGGUUCAACAUGGACCUUUCCAGAACUGUCCAGAAGGAGUCGCUGUAUUAGUUUUCAGUUCGACCAGCUGAGGGAAGCAGAGCUGAAUAAGUUCAGAAGGUUCAGAAACACAGCACUUGUUAAAGUAAACAGUUUUAUUUUCAAAUGUUUUUCACACUUGCCAUGUGUGCUUGCCUCAGGAAGUUGGGUUUAUUUCAGUGUGACAACAGCUUUGGCCAGUGUUAUAUUUUGACUUUGGUUCACACACCUUUACAUUGGCUUAACUGAGUAGAUUUAUUGAAUUAUUAGUGUUAAUUUGAAGAUUAUUCCCCAAAAAUGUUUGUGUAGCAGAUACGACAAACUCCGAGCCGCCUCUUCCUAUAGGCAGACUACGCGCUGCACUUUUCUAUUUUUCAAAAGUGAGUUGAGACCCGACAGUUCCUUUAAAAAAAAGAAUACACCACGUGCAAUUUUGAGAUUUUGUUGUGUAUCAGCAGUUUCCCACUUAUGACAGUCGCUCAAUGAGCCCAUGUCAGCAAAACAUGUUAAGAUUGCUAGGUAAGGUAGUUGAGCCAGGGGCCCUGACCUCCCAGGGGGGCCUCCAUUGAUUUGUCACUCUUUUACAGAUACCUUUGUGUAUGUGGAUUUGGCUAUUUCAGCCACACCCGUUGCUGACAGGUGUAUAAAAUUGAGCACACAGCCAUGCAAUCUCCAUAGACAAACAUUGGCAGUAGAAUGGGCUUACUGAAGAGCUCAGUUACUUUCAACGAGGCACUGUCAUAGGAUUCCACAUUCUCCAACAAGUCAGUUCGUCUAGAGCUACUCGGUCAACUGUAAUUGCUGUUAUUGUGAAGUGGAAACGUCUUGGAGAAACAACAGCUCAGCUGCGAAGUGGUAGGCCACACAAGCUCACAGAACGGGACCGCCGAGUGCUGUAGAGCGGAAAGAUCGUCUGUUCGCUGUUGCAACACUCACUACCGAGUUCCAAACUGCCUCUGGAAGGAACGUCCGCACAAUAACUGCUCGUCGGGAGCGUCAUGAAAUGGGUUUCCAUGGCUGAGCAGCUGCACACAAGCCUAAGAUCACCAUGUGCAAUGCCAAGCGUCGGCUGGAGUGGUGUGAAGCUCGCCGCAAUUAAACUCUGGAGCAUUGAAAAGGCGUUUUUCUGGAGUACUGAAUCAUGCUUCACCUUCUGGCAGUCCGACGGACGAAUCUAGGUUUGGCGGAUGCCAGGAGAAUGCUACCUGCCCCAAUGCUUUGUGUCAAGUUUGGUGGUGGGGGAAUAAUGGCCUUGGGCUGUUUUUUACAUGGUUAGGGCUAGGCUCCUUAGUUCCAGUGAAGGGAAAUCUUAACACUACAGCAUACAAUGACAUUCUAGAUGAUUCUGUGCUUCUAACUUCGUGGCAACAGUUUGGGGAAGGUUCUUUCCUGUUUGAACAUGACAAUGCCCCUGUGCACAAAGCAAGGUCCAUACAAAAAGGGUUUGGAAGAACUUGAUUGGCCUGCAGAGCCCUGACCUCAACCCCAUCAAACACCUUCGUAAUUAGUUGGUACGCCAGGCCUAAUCACCCAACAUCAGUGCCUGACCUCACAAAUGCUCUUGUGGCCGAUUGGUAGCAAGUCUCUGCAGCAAUGUUCCAAAAUCUAGUAGAAAGCCUUCCCAGAAGAGUGGAGGUUGUGAUAGCAGCAAUGGGGGAACCAACUCCAUAUUAAUACCCCUGAUUUUGGAAUGAGAUGUUUGACGAGCAGGUGUCCACAUACUUUUGGUCAGAUAGUGUAUCAUAUGAACAUGGCAUAAGUCAUGGCAAAAUGUAACUGAAAUAUGUCCUCUCCACCUCAUGGUGAACUGUGUAGAAUUCCAGGAUAUUACCAUUGAAACUGCAACUGUUCUAAAAGGCUAGAGGCAGCACUGGACAGGCUACUCAGCAAGUGGCACUCCCCACUGCCUAAUGUCAAUUUGUGGGCAUGAUAAAACUUUUCAAGCAGGUCUUUAGACUAACCAUAUAAUGUAGCACAGCUGGAGUCAAGUUGUUUGUUUUUUAUUUGACUUGUUUUUCAUUGAGAAUCAGUCACUGUUAAUGCUGUAUUCAAGCGUCUCAUACUGUAGUUAAUCUGUGUUGCUGCUGUAUUUGAGUACAUUAUGGCCUUCAGGCUAAUAAAGUCACAGUAUCCAUUGA